AUGGGAACCUGUAUGCACAGCACCCGGGACCACACAAUCCACUCCAGAGGAGAGUCCAAUCCUUCUGAAGCCCCAGCAUCCAUUUUAGUACCUAGAGAAAUGCCUAAAAGUGUUUCAAUAUCUAAACAACUGGCUUCAAUAAAAGCUUUGAAGAAGGGGUCAGAUCUGGAAAAAGCCAUUGCUACUAUUGCUCUGGUUUUCAGAGAUGCUUCUGACCCUGAUGGUAAACUUGGGAAAGCCACUGCCAAGAAUCUGCUACAAACCCAAUUUAGGAAUUUCACAGAGAGAGAAGAAAGCAAGCCAAAAUACCGAGACAUCCUUUCUGAGCUUGAUGAGCACACAGAAAACAAACUGGACUUUGAGGACUUCGCGAUCCUGCUCCUGAGCCUCACCAUCAUGUCAGAUCUGCUACAAAAGAUAUGGGGUGAAAAAUACUAG